AUGCCUAUUACCGCCCAAGCGACAUCCAAGCUGCGCAGCAUAAUCGACGAUGCAUGCGCCGACCAAAAGACCGGUAUUCCCGGUACCACGGUCGUAUUGGUCGACAAAUCCGGCGAGAUAUUCGCUCAUUCAGCGGGUACGCGCGGUGUCGGGUCCAAUGAGCCCAUGACGCUGGACAACGUAUUCUGGAUCGCUUCGUGCACCAAGAUGCUUGCUGGUGUUGCGUGCAUGCAGCUCGUCGAGCAGGGAAAGCUGAAGCUUGAUGACGGUGAACAUUUGGAGAAUCUUGUGCCUGAGCUUAAGAGUCUGAAGGUCUUGAAGCCUGAUGGCAGCUUUGAGGAGAAGAAAAACCUGAUCACGCUACGAAUGCUACUGACGCAUACUGCGGGCUUUGGAUAUACGUUUUUUAAUGAGCGUCUGAGGGAUUGGAGCCAUCCUGCUGGUAUUGAUGAGUUUUCCGGUCGCAUUGAGGAUAUCGUCAAGCUUCCUCUUCUAUUCCAGCCUGGUGAGGGCUGGGAGUACGGUGUCGGAAUUGACUGGGCUGGCAUCGCGCUUGAACGAGCCAGCGGUCUGCGUCUCAACGAUUAUCUCCAGAAGAACGUCUUUCAGCCUCUGGGCAUCAAAAGCAUGUCCAUGCUUCCCGGUAAGGAAAUGCGCGCCAGAUUAGCUCACAUGCAUCAGCGCGACGCAGACGGCACACUGCGAACGCGCGAUCAUCUCCAGCGUCUUCCUCUGGUGACUGACAACGCGAGCGAAAUCGCUUCAAUCUUCCAUAGCGGCGGCGCGGGAAUGUUUGCGCAGCCCCAAGAGUACGGAAAGGUCCUAACUGUUCUGCUCAACGGCGGAACAUGUCCCAACACAGGUGCUCAGAUCCUCAAGAAGGAGACGGUCGAUCUCAUGCUUAGCAACAGCAUCGAGAAAUUCCCCAACUUCAGCCGUCAGCCCAUCCCAGCUGCCAAACCAGAUCUGACCAACCCAAUCGGCGAGCUAUACCCCGUCGACGGAAAUCCACCCCAGGGCUGGGGAUUGACAUUCAUGCUCACCAAUGGAGGCUUCUCAGGGCGAUCGAAGAGCACGGUUCAGUGGGCUGGGCUAGCUAAUCUCUGGUGGUGGGCUGAUCGCGAGCACGGCAUUGGAGGGAUCGUCUGCACGCAGAUUCUGCCGUUUGCUGAUGCCAAGGUCUUGGGACUCUGGGCCGCUGUUGAGACUGAGAUUUACAAGGCUGUUCUGUAG